UAGCAUGCGAUGAAGACCUCAGUGGGUUCGAUCUUACUGUUUCUCUGUUUGGAGGGUGUACAUGUUUUUUCGGCUGAUAUCAUUCUCCGAAACAAUGGCUACGAGAACGUGCUGGUCGCUAUAUCAGACUCGGUGCCCGAAGACCCGAAGAUAAUUAAGAGAAUAAAGGCGAUAUUUACGGAUGGCUCUGGUUACAUGUACCGAGCUACUCGCUACAGGGCCUACUUCCGCAACAUUACAAUUCUUGUGCCAGCAAAAUGGAAGAACAAACCGGAGUAUGAAGCAGCAAGCAAUGAUGAGACCUACGUAAAGGCUGCACUCCGCGUUGCAAAACCGAACCCGAAAACCGGUGACACCCCGUAUGCUUUUACAUAUGCCUUGUGUGGAAAGCAGGCUAUGUACAUUCACCUCACGCCCAAGUUCCUCACCGAUGUGGAAUUUGCUACAAAGUGGUAUGGCCCACCUGGUAAAACCCUCGUUCAUGAAUGGGGUCAUUUCCGUUGGGGUUUGUUUGACGAGUACCCGACCUCAACCCACUAUUACGUCGAUAAAGGGACAUAUCAUCCAACCCGAUGCCACAGCAGCAUUCCUGGGAAGCAUCGUGACAAGUUAACCAAAGAAAAUUGCGAGAUUUCGGCGUUGACAGGUCUUCCAGACGGGAAUUGCCGGUUCAGUCCGGAUCUUGAUCAAAAGGCCACCACGGCAUCUUACAUGUACAUGCAGUUUAUAAAAAACAUCGACGAUUUCUGUGACGAUGGUACCCUCGAUGAUCAAAGUAUUGUACACAACAAGAAAGCCCCAAAUAAUCAGAAUUCAAUAUGCAAGAGAAUGAGCGCUUGGGAAGUAAUGCGGCAGAGCGUUGACUUCAAAAACAACAAUAAUCCCGCAAAUGUUAACGAGAAGUUGGACACCACCCCUACCUUCAGGUUUAUUCAGCGUGGCAAUUUGACAAAGGUCCUUUUUUUGAUUGAUGUGUCGGGGAGUAUGAUCGGCCGUCCCAUAACGAUGAUGCAACAGGCAGCAAACAAUUUCAUCCUCAAUAUUAUAAGAAACGACAGUUACGUUGGCAUUGCGACCUUUGCAAGUUCACCGAAAACUAGGCUAAACAUGACUAGGAUACAGAGUGAAGCAGACAGAGUAAAUGUGACACGUUACAUUCCAAGAGAGGCCGGUGGGGGAACUCGUAUUGGAACUGGAAUGCAACAUGCUAUUUCUUUACUGAUAUCAACACCUGGCGGUAUAACCUGGGCUAAGGGUGCUUGCGUCAUCCUUAUGACUGAUGGCAAGAAUGGUGGUGGUGUAGACCCACUUUCUCUUAUCCACACGGCCAAUGAAUAUGGAAUAACUUUCUAUACAAUCGGAUACAGCGAUGCAUCUGAUCCAGUCCUCGAAGAAAUAGCCAGAAGGACGGGAGGACAAUUCUUCUUCUCUACGAGCAGUGCAACAUCGGCAGAUCUUUUCAAUGCAAUGUCUGCCAUUGCUGGUAUCGAAAGCGAGGGAACAGCCAGUUCUUCAGCAGUCACGAUCGCGAGUUCUGCAAAGAAUUUGGAAAAGAUAAAAGGACUUCAGGGUAAAUUUGCUAUCGACUUCACCAUUGGCAAGGACACUACAAUCACAUUCAACUAUUUGUCUCAUAAUGCUGUGGUCGAGGUUCAUCUCGAGGGUCCCGAUAGGUCAGUCAUCGACAAGAGUGACAUCGCGAAGUAUCGAGAGGACAGGACUAAUCAGGUUAUUCAGAUAAACAUUCCUGGAACUGCAAUGAAAGGUGAAUGGAAUUAUACAGUAGCUUCAAACGUUAACACGGCAGUCUUGGUAAACGUACUCUCGAAGCCAGUUGGCGAAGGGGAAGAUGCUGCGCCAAUCAGUAUCAAGUCUUGGUUCGGAGACGACAACAAUAACCUCGCAUCUGGUCCAGCCGCACAGACAUCUGUUUUUGCUCAGGUGUCCAGGGGUUACGUCCCCGUCAUUGGCUUAAAAGUUACUGCAGCUAUAUCAGGCCGUAUUGCCGGACUGUUGCAAACUGUUCAUGUGAAUCUCCAAGACAAGGGCUUUGGCAUUGACCUUAAAGCAAAUGAUGGCGUCUAUUCAGUUGAGUUCGGGAGGUUCCUGCUAAACGAGAUGGGUCGCUACAGUGUCACCAUACUUGUUGAUAAUUCUGAGAACACGGGCAAGAUUGCCAAGUACAGCAAUGCGUCUGGUGCACCCAUCAUCGGAACAGCACAACAACUUUGGACAAUUCGUUUCUCCACAGGCCCCAAUGAACCUGUGACCACUUACCAGACGGUUGGGCCAAUACAGCGCGUUGCGAGCGCUGGUGAACUGAGAGUCGAUUUACCAUCUUCCCCCACUCUAGUGGAUGUCCUACCCCCACCACAGAUAAGAGACCUGCAACUUGUCCUCCUGGACACCAAAAAGGUCGAGGUGACCCUGAACUGGACUGCUGUUGGUGACGACGUCAGCCAAAGUAGCAACAUGACUUAUGACCUCCGCAUUGGAACCUUUGAAGAGAUCAGUGAACGAUUUGAGAACAGCUCUCGAAUCCAUUUGGAAGGAACCCCGAAGAAUGCUGGUGAAAAAGAGACGCAUAAGAUAAACAUGACUGACUACAGCAAGACCGCAACAUACUUCUUAGCCAUCCGUGCCAUAGAUGAAGUGGGAAACGAGGGCGAUCCUUCAAACAUCAUCAGCAUUUCCAUGACUCUUCCAAACAAGUUUUCAAAUGGGGAUGUGAUUGCAAUUGCAACCGAACCUUCGCCUUCGACACUGUCGAUCAUACUCAUCUUUGUUGGUAUUAGCGCUGUCAUUCUGAUUGCAGUGGUCGUUGGCUUUGUCUGUCUCUGCAAGAAGAAGAAGACACCUUCACCAGACCGGUCGGAAGAUUUCAUCAACCUUGGGCGGGAAGGACCAACCUCAAACCCACCGCAAGUUGUUUAUAAUGGAGAACAAGGAGCUGUUUACCAUGUAGGACAGGAGGUGCCAAGACCAAGCUCACCGCAGGCUUUCUAUGGAGGACAGGGGGCAGCAGCUUCUAAUUACUAUAAUGUCGGGCUGGAAGGACUCGCACCACCAUCGUAUACCUAUGCCAACAAGGGUUACAGCAAUGUUGGCGACCUAAGAAGGAAAUAUGAAGGGCUGUAAAUCGACCAAAAGGUCUACCAACGUAAAUGUUAUAAAAACAAAGAUGUGCGAUGAGCGUUAGAUAGAUUAUGGGUUCUAAAAGCGUAAUGAGAGUUGAGUGAGCUAUCUUUUAAUUAUUCAACCCUUCGCUUUCCUCAGGGUGCUGAACUUACGUGUUUUUUCAAGAUUGAUCUGGCACAAGUUUGGAAAAAGCUCAAUAGAUUCAUGUAGUUCUCAAUAGAUUCAUCGUGUGUAAAGCUCACCGAAAUAGGUUCAACGUGUCUGGCUAUUGACAUUUCCCACAGGUUCGUAUGUUGUUCAGAGUUUUAGGGGACCACUGAGGAAAACGAAGGGGCUCGAACCAGCGUGUGAUUUGCAAAACAUUUCAAUCCGUCCAAAAUUUUACAACAAUCUACUUUAUUGACUGCUAUGGUCCUCUCAUCUCAAACCUACAUCGCUACGGCGUCCUUGGCAUAUAUACUGUAUGCUCCUCCGAAUCCACGGAGUUUGGCCUGAACAUCAAUUUCAUUUCAAUACAUACAUUGGGUAUUAAGUCUCCUGUUAGUGCCGAUUAGCGGCUAUAGGUUUAGUGAAAUAGAUUAACAGUGUACAAUAUUGAUAUUCGAGUUGGUUCUGUUUAUGUCUGUAUACAACGUUUGAUUCGGACUUCUGUAUCGAUCCCCGGCUGUGCUAGACGAUCCCGCGCUGUGUUCAGUUGCUUCAUAAUGUCCUGAAAAGUUCUAUACUUUCCUGACUGAUCAGGCGAUAAAAAGUGGGUUCACUCAAAGUUGAAUGUAACAGGACUUCACUUCACGUUUGCUGACUUCAACGUGUCUUGGUUCUUCGCUUCAAGAUAGACUUCACAAUACGCAAUCUGUUCCGCUAAAACUUCAGCCUGAAGUUUACAGCCCUCAAGUAUUCAGACUGAUCAAGCCAAGCCAAGUCAGAGUCAUCAAGACUUUAUGGUCACCAUCGAAACCUCCCUGUUGAAUAUGUCCGUGUGACAAGAGAUUUUACAGUCAAGAAUACUCAUAUUUUAAAAUAUUAUUGUUAAAUAGAAGUUUUCGUAUGCAGAAUGAUUUAUGUAUAUAUUGAUACACGUAAUGAUUAGUUAA